UCAUCAUCUGCCGCUACGGUGAAAAACAUCCCAAAAUCCCCACAAAGACACAGAAGAAAAUAUAUUGAGGCAUCCAGACUAUUGGAACAGAUUAAUUCUGUAUCUGAGGUCCGCCUUUUUCCAUCACAGCUCAGGCUCAUUUCAAAAUACCGGUCCUUUCUUUCUCUAAAUUUUCUUGAGUCUCGUGAAAUUGUACCGUCUGGGGCAGAGACAGAUCACAGAGAACUGAGCUCAAUUCUUGGUCGAAUUUAUUUCAAUAACAAUUCUUUCGCUGCCUAUACGGAUGCUUGUCUUCAAACAGCAGAGAAAUUUCAAAUGCUCAGGUCCCUGAUUAAUCGUCGAAACGAAUCUCGCGUUGAAGAAAAUCUAGUCGAAGGCAGUGUGAUUCUCUCUGAUGCCGUUUAUGAACUUAUUUGUAGACAUUUUGCGUCGCGAGAUGAUUGGCCAGCUUUAGAAAGGACAUUGACGUGGCUUCGAGAGGAUGGAAUUCCACCAACAUUCAAUAUUUGCAUGGCCUCUCUAGAAUGCCUCGGUGGACUACUUCACCGCUCCAUCAACGGGAAGCCUUUCCCAAAGUCGCUUAGUCAUAAACUUUCCACAGAAAACCGUCUCAUUCACUCUUAUGUCGAGGAAAAAGCUAUCGAAACUAUCGCUCUAGCUAAAAACUACGGUAUCAAUGUCUAUGAGGGUCUUCUAAGGUACCCAUGUCAGAAGCAAUCGCUUCGGAAGAUCCUCACAGUCCUCUUUUUUGUGACUCCAGACAGGGAGCCUAGCCUCUCCUUCCACACCACCCAGCUUGCCACAUCUCGAACUCGCAAAACCUUGGAGAUUACAACGCGAGUUUCGUCUGUUCUUGAUAAAACUCCGUUAUCUCCAACAAAUAUCUUUUCCGAUGUUUUUCCCAACUCCCGUGCCAUGGUUGAGGCAUUCAAGGAGCAGCUUGGCUUGGAAAUAGUGGGACAGGUUCCGAUUCUCCCAGUGCUGCCGAUUUUCGAGGAAAUGCUGAAAGAGGCACCAGAAAUCGCUAAAACUUCAUCCCGCUCCUCCAACCAACUCUCAUCUCCGCACUCUCUUGCUGAACUCCGAAAAUCUUUGGAAGCGGAACAGAAUACGCAUUGGCGACGACAACUUACGGAAGCUUUUGAGGCGACUUUGCAGCGCUUGAAAGUUGCCCAUGCACAUGGGAAAAUCACGGCGUAUCCGUUUCUCAAGAUACUGCCAACAAAAUCCUAUGUGGACCUGAUGAUUCAGGCAGUCAAUACAAUAGUGACAGAUACCGCACUUCAACACGUCAGUAGAAGUCUUUUCCUACUUCGACUUGGUGAACGUGUUGAAACUGCGUGCGUAGUUUGGCGUAAACAGAAUGCAGGAAUUCUUGAUGAGAUGGCUAAAUCAUACAAAAUCUAUGCGGAGAUGUUUUCGUCUUCGACUCGUAAAGUUGAACAUUUUCGCGAGAUGUGGCUUCGUGCUCUUCAAGUGAACGCUGAAAGUAGCGCUAGUUUGGAUCAAGAAUGGCCUAAGUGGAACAGUCACAUUCUUCUGACGGUGGGGCAUGAACUCUAUCGCAUUCUUUACGACAAUUUGACCUUUAACAUUAACGCAUUGCGUUCUCGAGGUGCCUCGAAGCUGCAGCGACAGGAGGCCAACGUUCUGUUCGAGGUUUCCUCCGAUACUCCUGGCGAGGCGCGCUAUGAAAUUCGGGUGCAUCCAACUCUGUUAAAGUGGUAUAAUGCAAGUGAUCGUUUCACCCCUCUGACGUUCAGUCCCACCGAACUGCCGAUGCUUUGUCCACCCCUGCCUUGGGUUAAUACUAACCACGCAGGCUAUUUGGUCUCAUCGAAUAACGCAACGCGUUUCAUCCGAAAGACCAACUUCUUCCCUGGUGGAGAUGCAGCUGUCAACGAUGAUCUAGACUUCGACAUUUCAACGAUUCCCUUGGUGUUCGAUUCCUUAAACGCCCUUGCCGCGUGUGCGUGGAAGGUCAAUAAGCCGAUCUUAGAUGCAAUACUUCGAGUUGCACGAGGAGGUGGCGAUAAAAAUCUGAGCAUACCCGAGACCAAAUCCCUUUUUCCCAUUCCUCCAAAAAAGUUCGACAGCACUCUCACCCGCGAAGAACGUAUAGCUGCCUACCGUCAGGCGCACAAUAUCCGCAAGCUCCACGAUGAAACCCGGUCCCUUUGGGCCACUGAACUAUAUCGUCUUUCAAUAGCCAACCACUAUCGUGAUAAGGUGUUCUGGUUCCCGCAUAGUAUGGAUUUUCGUGGUCGUGUGUACCCCUGUCCACCACAUUUCCAUCACAUGGGUGAGUUACUACCAGAUGCCGAUCAGCUCGUUGGCUUGUUUUUCUGCAACGCUGAUCGGUUCCGGGUCAUGGCAUUGAGAAUGCAGAUAUGUCUAGAUAUCUUCCAAGGCGAAUCAAGUACGGCGAAUCUAACAGAGAAAGGUAUUGAUACUUACCUUGACUCCUUUUCUUUCCCCAAAGGCAGUGACGUGGCAAGAGGUCUCAUAGUCUUUGCCAAGGGACUACCAUUGGGGGAGCGAGGUCUUCGUUGGCUCAAGAUUCACUUGGCUAAUCUCACCGGCAAUGUCAAACGGUGA